ACUAUUGCAGUUUCCUGGUUGUAUUUGAUCUCUUCUUCCUUUCCUUGAUUUUGGUCUUUUUUUAUUCUUCUUUCUAUGCAUCCUUUGAGGGUUAAAAUCAAUCUUUCUUCGUUUAUGUUGGCUAUUCUUGAAUUAAACCUGAGCCUCAUGACCCUUUCCUGCAUGGGUCCAUAACUUCUCAUUUUGCUUGGAAUUUGAUUUGCUAUCAAAACAAUAGGUACAUUUCUUGUUUUGUUAAGAACCUCUCCGUACUUGGCGUCUAGCCUGCACUCCUGUCCAUCUAGUACCCUUAGCAUUGUAUUGUUAAAAAGGUUUGCGUUCUCCGAAUAUAUGGUUUCUCUCAUGCCACUUUCUCGUUCGUGGUUAUGUAAUUCGUCAAAUCAUAGUAGUCAUCGGCUCCUGCAAAGUCGUUCAUUCUGACACAAGUUAUGACAACUCUCGCUCGGCCAGUCGUCGGAAUGUGUACGAGAUACCAUAAGGGCCCAAUAUCUCAAUAGCACCUUUGUCUAAAGCUUCGAAGGAGACUUCAUAUCCGAAACGCAGGAACGAUCUGACUAGAAAGUCAUUCAAAACUUGAUCGAAAAACCAGCGUUUAUUGAAGAAGCUAUAGAGUCGAUUACUUCUUAUGUUUUGCAAACAAGAUCAUACUUUACGUAGUAAACAUGCAAAUUAAAAUAGAUUUCUCAAUAUUAGAAUCUAGAUGAUUAAUAUUAAUUAUUCAACAAAUUUGAUUGAUUGAUACGAGUUGAUUUUCUGUUACGGUAAAUUGAUGAAACAAUAGCCAGGCCAAUGACUGCUUCUGCGUCCGCCCCCUAUAUAUUUGAUACCUUCUCCUACAAUGAAACUAAUAACCCCAACCCCGUUAGUCAUCCCAUCAAUUACUCGUCGAUCAACAAAAUGAGUAAAUUCAUAUAUUAAUACUACAAUAAAGUAGGAAUAAUAAAUUAUACAAGUAGUACUAUUACUAGUAAAGACUAAACCAGUAGUUUCCCUAGAUUGAGCUAACAGUUCAGCAAUCUAUCACUUUCUAUAAUCUUCCUUCAAAUCUUUUGAGGAACCCUCUUUCUUUCUUUACUGCUUUGAAUACUUGAACAGAGUCUCACUGAAAAAAAAAAAGAGAAAGAAAGAUCUGUACCAAAAAAGCUGCUUGAUUUACUGUGCUUUUUUCCUUUAGGGUUUCAAGAUUUUACUUGGGAAUUUGAAGAUCUGUUUUAGUUUUGAUGUAAUUAGUUGGUUCUGUAGUUUCUUUGGAGAAAAGGGUGUUUUCUUGAUUUUUUUUCAGUGAUCUAGGACAAGUAUGAAGGAGCUGACAUUGGUGGUGUUUAGUUGUGGAAGUGGGGUUGGAUAAGAAAUAUGUUUGCCUGCUUCUUGGUUUUUGUUUAGGGUGGGGGGUGGGGUGGGGGUGGGGGGUGGCAGACUAGUGCUAAAGUUUUCAUCUUUAGCUUUCUUUUAGCUCUUUUAUAUAUAUUUGGGGCUUUUCCUUUUUAACUUUUUUUGAGUUUGUUGAUUUGAGGGAAUGAAGGUAUCUACUUCUGGCUUCAAUUCUCAGCCUGAGGAAGCAGGGGAGAAGAAAAGCCUGAAUUCAGAGCUGUGGCAUGCUUGUGCAGGGCCACUGGUCUCUCUUCCACAUGUAGGAACCAGAGUUGUGUAUUUUCCUCAAGGGCAUAGUGAGCAGGUUGCGGCAUCCACAAACAAGGAAAUAAAUGGUCAUAUCCCUAGCUAUCCUGGAUUACCACCUCAACUUAUUUGUCAGCUACACAAUGUGACCAUGGAUGCAGAUGUUGAGACUGAUGAAGUAUAUGCUCAAAUGACUCUGCAGCCACUAACUCCACAAGAGCAAAAAGAUGUGUGCCUUCUACCAGCUGAACUUGGGACCCUAAGUAAACAACCAAGUAAUUAUUUCUGCAAAACAUUGACUGCAAGCGAUACCAGUACCCAUGGUGGAUUCUCUGUCCCUCGACGUGCUGCAGAAAAAGUUUUCCCUCCUCUUGAUUACUCGCAACAGCCUCCUGUGCAAGAGUUGAUUGGUAAAGAUCUUCAUGGAAAUGAAUGGAAGUUCCGGCAUAUAUUUCGCGGUUAGUUUCUUUUCAGAGAGUUGAUAGAGUAGUAUUUCAGUAGAAGGCUUUGUUACAAUGUUGUCAUGGUGGUUGGUACCUUGAUUUAAAUUGACUAUCUUGGAAGUUCUUAGGGAUUUUAUAUACCUGCAUUAUUGUAUGAAGUUUGAAUUUACUACAUUGUGGAGGGAAGUUUAUGAUGCAACCAAUAUACUUACUGACCUCCGAUUC